AUGGCUUCGAGCAGGCCUUUGUCUAGGCAGCUAUCGACACUGUCGAAUAAUCCUCACAUCUACGGUUUCCCGAAUGCAACAGGCACGAGCCAUACGCUAUCACUCCUACCGACCUCUCCUCCAACUCCAGACGUCGCAAUCGGGUCAACAACUACUUCUGCCCUCCCUCCAACACCAACCACAUUCUCCCCAAACCCGCGCUUCAUAUCAAUCCUAGACUCCGUGCUAGCAGACCAUGCGUACCAGGACCCAGACACCGUGUCCGCAGCACAAGUAAUGGCAUCAGCUGCCGGUGCGAAUCUCUUCUCACGCCUGCAUGGACGGGCAGAAGGGGCAGGGUCAGCUGGUCGAGGUGGAUUUAUACAUAUAGCUGAUUCGAGAGAGCCGCCGGAAUACGGCAGGAUACCUUCGCCAGAAGAUAUAUUUGGCUCUAUUGAGGUUGAUGGACAGGGUAACAUUGAAGGCAAAGGAAACUAUCAAAGCAGCGGAACAUAUCGUAUUGUGACGAGGAGUGGAAUCCUUGGACUAAGUCCAUUUCUUAGAGAAAAGUUGGUUGAGAGACUAAAGGCCGAGGAGCAGAAGAUACGGCAGUAA